AAACGCCCCCUCGGCUCUCCCCUGUCGGCUUUCCCGGAGCCGCGAGUCUGCCGCGCGCGCCUGCCAUUACUCAGAGCUUCCGUGGCUUUUCUCGCUGCGCCUGCGCGAUUCCGUCCCGCCCCACGCGCGGGCUCGCUUCCCGGUUGCCGCCCGACCCCAGGCCUGCGGUUCCCUGCCUUCGCCUUCCCGGUCCGGCCGGCAGCCAGCGGCUUGAGCACCAUGCUCUUCUAUUCCUUUUUCAAGUCCCUGGUGGGCAAGGAUGUGGUCGUGGAACUCAAGAAUGACCUGAGCAUCUGUGGAACCCUCCAUUCUGUGGAUCAGUACCUCAACAUCAAACUAACUGACAUCAGUGUUACAGAUCCUGAGAAAUAUCCUCACAUGUUAUCAGUGAAGAACUGCUUCAUCCGGGGCUCAGUGGUCCGCUAUGUGCAGCUGCCGGCAGAUGAGGUGGACACACAGUUGCUACAGGACGCAGCAAGGAAGGAGGCCCUGCAGCAGAAACAGUGAUGGUCCCUCCUCCCCUCCCUGUCCCUCUUCUGUUGGUGACCUUUCACCUCAAGUCGCAGCCCAGGACCCUUCCCUCCCGUAUUUGAGGGGUUUUUGUCUUUUUUUUUUUUUUUUCCUUUAAGGGAAGAGUGGAUGAGAAUAAUAGUGGGGAACAGCUAGCUCUCCUCUGUUGAGGAGGGGAGGAUAAGUAGGCUGGGGAACUGCAAAGCCUGCCUUGUCCUCAGCACCUGCCUUUCUCACCCCUUCCCAGGAUAUGGUGGGAGAAUCUCCUAGAUCUCUCCAGGGCAGCAUGUGAUUCAUUUUGGGGGUGGAAGGAAUCUGUCCCGCAUCGGGAAUAAACUUAUGAUACACAUUUGA